CACAAGAAUUCAAACACGAUGACACCUGCAAAGUUUGUCCUCUAUCUGACAUGUCUGUUCUUGGGGGAAAUGGCUCAUACAAGUGAUCUGAAAGUGUCCUCGCCUGUUCGUCAAGAGAGACAAUUUGUAUCAGCGAAUGUUGGAGACAAUGUGACUUUGAAAUGUUUCUAUGAUGGCUAUGAAUCAGCAUGGCUUUACUGGCAUAAGCAAACUCUGGGACAGAAACCAAGGCUCAUCUGUAGAGGCUAUGUGUUUGAUACAGAAGUCACCUUUUAUCAUGAAUUCAAGAACAAUCCACGCUUCUCACUGGACUCUGAAAACACUGCAAAUCACUUGACAAUUUUUGAUUUGGACAUUUCAGACUCAGCUACUUACUACUGUGCAAUUAGCUAUGCAUAUGAGUUCACCUUUGGAGCGGGUGCUACUGUCAGCAUAAAGGGUUCAGGUUUGAACGUCCCAGCUUCGGUCCAUCAGUCAGUGUCUCAGACCAUCCAGCCAGGAGGCUCUGUGACUCUGAACUGUACAGUACACACUGGGAGCUGUGAUGGAGAACACAGUGUUUACUGGUUCAAAAGCUCUGAAGAGUCUCAUCCAGGAGUCAUUUACAGCCAUGGAGGCAGGAAUGAUCAGUGUGAGGAGAAACCUGACACACAAACACACACCUGUGUCUACAACCUGCUGAUGAAGAGCCUGAAUCUUUCUCAUGCUGGGACCUACUACUGUGCUGUUGCCUCAUGUGGACACAUACUGUUUGGAGACGGGACUAAGCUGGACUUUGAGCAUGAGGAAGCUUCUCUUGUCUUGGUGUAUAUCUUGAGUGGAGCUUUGGCAUUCACCAUCAUCCUGGUUGUGUUACUGGCUUUCUCAGUGUACAAGAUGAACAAGAGAAACAGCUGCCAAUGUACAGAGUCCCCUGCGAGAUCAUCAGCUCCCUCCACAGCAAAUGCAGAGACUUACCAAGAUGCAGAAAACCUCCAUUAUGCUGCUUUAAGCGUCAACCUGCCCAACAGAUCAAGAAGACAGAGGAACAACACCAAGAAUGAGUGUGUGUACUCCAGUGUAAAGCAAUAGAACUGUAACAUGUUUACUUUUUCAGUAAAAUUGAAUUAGUUAUUAUUGUUAAUAUCUAAUUAUUUCAAGUCUGAUGUAGAUUUUUUUUUGUCUUACAUGUCUUACUGUUUGUCUAACUUCCUUGUGGUCUGCCACCUGGUUGCUACGUUUUUAGAAAAAACCCCACCUCACCUCGCGUGCUUUGGCGGUAUACACAGAUAAAUGUCUUGAACACAGAAAAUAAGAGGAAAAAUUAAGGGGGAGAGAUUGAGGGGGGUUACUUUUGUAUGAGUCUAUAUAUUGUUGUAAGGAAAAUCCUGCAUAGUAUAUCUGUAGCUGAUUGUCUCUUGUAAACAUGCCAGUGUGAAAAUUGAACAGCUAGUUAUUUUUGAAUUAUUAGACAUGUAACCAAACAAAAUGCAGAUAUUAAAAUAAGAUAAUGUGGCCUAUAUCUAUAGGACGUAUAAAACAUGUUACCAGUGUCCUUUAUAGAUUAUGAAACCCAGUAAAUUGUGAGGAAAAUCACUUUAGUUUUUGAUUUUGGGUUGCUGGAAAUAAAUCUUGACAAUGAUUUGAUUUUAAUCAAGGACAACUCUGAUUACAUACAGACUCAGGAUCCAGGAUUAUUGCUGUGUCAAAA